UGUUUAUAAAUUUCGACUGUAUUAUUUCUGAUCACUUUUGUGCGUGCUUGCAGGUUUUUUCGUUCUCUGACAAAUAUAAGAGUUCGGUAAUAAUAAAAAAUGGCUCUGUUUCGAGUUUUGCCAGCAAAACUUUCUGGGAUGCCCAAAAACGUUUUUCGAAGCGUUCCAUCCGUGUCCUAUCAUCCUAACGUCUUGGACCACUAUGAAAAUCCUAGAAAUGUUGGAUCGCUAGAUAAAGAUGACAAGCAAGUGGGUACUGGUUUGGUUGGUGCACCAGCAUGUGGAGAUGUUAUGAAACUACAGAUCAAAGUUGAUGAGAAUGGAAAAAUCAUUGAUGCGAAGUUUAAAACAUUUGGCUGUGGCUCAGCGAUUGCUUCAAGUUCUCUUGCUACUGAAUGGGUUAAGGGUAAAACUGUUGAUCAAGCCCUAAAACUGAAAAAUACAGACAUUGCUAAAGAGCUGUGCCUACCGCCUGUCAAGCUUCAUUGUUCAAUGCUUGCAGAGGAUGCUAUCAAGGCAGCUCUCUCUGACUAUCGCAUCAAACAGCAGCCAAAGGGAAAGAAUAUAAAUGAGGAGACAGCUGAAGCAAAAACUUAGCCAGUGAUAUAAAUAUAUAGUGAAACAAAAGUAGUUUCAAGAAAUGCUGCACUGUGCACUUUGUAAAAUAUAAUGAUUUAUAUAUUUCUUAGAAGUCGUAGGUGCUUGUAACCUAGAGGGUCACGAGUGAGAUAAAUUAUUUGACAAAAGGUAUAAUCGUAAUGGACUGAAUUAAUAAAUGUACUGUAUUAGACUGA